CAAUAAUAAUUUACUUUUAAUUAAUACUUGUGAGCUAUGAAGCUUACUGGAUAAAUUGCGGUAAAAUGGAAACAUAAAACCAGAUAUGCAUCCGAUGCGCAAGCUACUUUACCACCGAGGAGUUGACGAUCACAUCGGGACUUACGUUACCGAUUAUGUCUACUCUGGAGUUUGUUUUCUACUUUGUAUUCAAUUAAUUGUACGAAUAUGUCGUCAACGAAAAAUAAUGACGUCAGAGCAACGUAUGACGUCAUCGUGUUGUAAAAUUUCAAACUGGUUGCCAUGGAACUGGCCAAAAGAGAAACCGACUGCUAUUGGUAUUUCAACAUAUGCUGUUUUACUGUUCGGGUUUUCUAACUUUGUGAUGAUGUUGCUCGGAGGCUUAACACAUCAGUUCUUGCAAACGGUCGAACCCUACAAUGACGAUAUCAACAAUUUAUGGGAUUGGUUAAUAAUCUGGAGAGUUGGCUCAUCUUUUUCUGCCAUUGUUUGUUUUAGUCUACUGAUAAUGACAGAACAGAUGAUAACUCAAGAAAGAGUUUUUCGAAUCCCACACACAAUUCGUGUUGGUUAUUACAUCAUAAUUUUUGCAACAGGGGUCUGUUUCUUCGGAAUCAAUUAUAUCCCGCUAACCGGCAAAGUGAAGGAUCCGUUCAGUAUAAGACAAACUUUUACUGUUACAUUUGGAGUUGUAGUUCUUAACGGCAUUGCUGCUCUGAUUGUAGUUGUCUAUCAUUCCUGCCAUAAAACCACAAGAAAGACAACUCGCCCAUACUCUACUGAAUAUGAAGGAAGAUAUUCUCCGUCGCAUUCGCUGAAUAGUAAUUCUUUUUGUGACGAUCGGUCUAUCUUGGGUUUUCUGUCUUGUAAUGGAUCAACUAAUAGUCACCGUCAGGUCAGGGAUGACAAACGCAAAAACCGCAGAAGAUUGGAAUUGUUUGCGAUGACUUUAGCACCCUGGGUGUUCAUAGUAGCGGGCGCAGCAAACCACUUUAUGAAAUCGACAUGCGCCGAUUCGGACGCUGCUCAUAUUGAACUUGGAUGUCCUCUACCGGAUUCAUUUAACCACAACGCAAUCAUGCAUGUAAUGCAAAUCGUUUCGGCGAUUUCAUUUUUUGUUGCGGAGAACAUGGCGAUCACAAGACGAAGUCAAAUGAACGCUUCAAACAUCAAAAGAGUGGCUACGUCAUCGACAAUUUAUAAUGACGUCAUUAACAGUUCUGACAUCCCAGAUGACAAAGAUCGUGAUGUCAAGAAUAACAACAACAACAAUAGAAACGAUGACGUCAUUCAAAACGUCAUAAAACAACCAGAAGUCAUAAUCAUACCGGAGCUGGAGGAAACCGAAAGGAUGAAAAUACCAAAGUUUCCAACCAACCUAAAUUAUGAAACGUUAUCAACUAAUAAUCGACAUAGUUUGUAUGAUAAUCUAUCCAACGUGCAGGUAUAGUUUCGUCCUUUCCGUCCAUUUGUAGUGGUACGUAUUUCUGCGAUUGGUAAGAGGUUGGUAAGGUCUCUUAGGCUAAUAUUUGUUCCCCCUUUCCGUAUUCCAAAACCGCUGUUGAAAGCAGAUUUCUUAGUAUACCGUCUCUUGGGGGUAGUCCUUGUGCUGUUAGCAUGAGGUUUCAUAUAGUUUAUCAAGAUACUAUUAUGAAAGAACAAUUUACACAUUAUGCCAAUGUGCACAAAUCUAUAAAUAACAAAUAUAUGCAAAAUUGCAGGAGUUACAACCAUGACAAUGUUGCCAUAAUAUGUUAUUAUUAUAUGAAUUUUCUCUCUUAAAGUUCCAACAUUUUAAUUUUUGUUUUAUUUGUUGAAUUAUGUGCAAUAUAUUAGUCAUGUUUCCAUUAGAAAUCUUAAAAUUAUUUAAUUUUUUUCUCGUGUAAGUAACGUACUCUAACUGUUUCUUGUAUUUGAAAUGGAGCAGAUUGAAAAUUAUUUUAUGGGGUAGUGUUUUGAACAUUUCUCACAAUCUCGACCCGGUAGAAUGGGUCAAUUAUACCCAUGGAACUACGAGAGAAGUUUCAACCAGAGGUCACUAGUUAUACUGUAAGAAAAGAGUAUUAUUAUGUUAGACUUACCAUACCCCUAUGUCGGAGUUAUCUAAAAGCACAGUCCAUGAAUUGCAUAUAAUAUAUAAUAAAAUAAUAAUAUCUGGUGUUACUUGCCAAAAUUUUAAUUCAAACUUCAGUGGUAUAUAAAAUAUUGACAAUUCUAUUUUCUCCAUGAGUGACUUCGUAAGCUUAUUUAUAACAAGAUCUUGCAAAUCUGGUCAAUAUAAACAGGAAAUGACAAUAUAAAUUUUUCCAAUUUUUUAAAUGUUUUAGCCAUAUUUGCGCAGACAUUGAAAACAUUGGCAAAAUUUUUAUUAUUUGCUUCUCAUCGGUUCAGCAUUCGCUUACUAUUAUUAAAGUUUGAUUUAGGCUUAUUUGCGUCUACAAAAAACGUUAUUUCAUCGAACUAAAUUAAACGUAUUAUAAUGUUCCAGCAUAUGAAGUAUUAUUUUAUUAUCAUUACUAAAUAAAAUAUCUAUAUUUUC